AGUACAAAUUUUGCCAUGAUCCAGUGUGUAGGCUAUACUAAAGAAAUUGAAGAACUUUUCCUUAAACGCCGGUGAUUUACCUGGAAACUGCAGUUUAUUCAUUUACUUAUUAAUUUCAUCAAGGAAGUAACACUUGCGGAAAAGAGCAACCGGUAUAUGCUUACAAUCUAUUUUCAAUUCUGAUUUCUCGAUUAAUAGUUGGUUGAUGUUCUAACCAUAUUUCAUAUACUCAUGCUUGAUGAAUUAUUUGUUUUGGAUACGUUUACUCUCUUAAGUUUGAACAGUUGCAGUUUGAGAUAGUUUUAAAAUUAUAGUGUGUUUUGUUGGUUUCUGAUCACUAUACUGUGAAGGUUUCGAUUAUUUUCAAAAAAUAAUUCAAUUUUUGAAAGCUUUGAAAAGGAUUAGAGAAGGGAAACUCAGCAAGUACUGUUGAGUCUACAUGUUUCCCAAGGUUUUCGGUGCCAAGAAGCUUUUGCAGAAGCAUUUGCCAAUACUAGUAUGGCUGCCUAAAUACACGGCAAAGGAUGCCAUUUCAGAUGCAAUCGCUGGAAUUACUGUGGGACUCACACUAAUGCCUCAAGCUAUCGCCUAUGCGGCAUUGGCUGGGCUUGGGCCUCAGUAUGGACUCUAUUCAGGCUGUGCCGGGGUGUUGGUUUACAUAGUUUUCGGAUCUACUAGACAAAUAGCGCUGGGUCCAACAGCUCUACUUUCAUUACUGACCUAUCACUACACGAGAGGAAAGAGUGCAGACUAUGUGGUACUAUUGACUUUCCUUGUCGGUUGUGUGGAGCUGCUAUGUGGUAUUCUACAGCUUGGAUUCCUGGUUAAUUUUGUGUCAGUCCCUGUAAUAUCUGGAUUUACGUCAGCUGCUGCCCUGAUUAUAGCUUCAGCUCAGUUGAAAAGCCUGUUCGGACUGCGCUAUAAUGCCGAAUCCUUCAUUGAAACUUGGAGAGAAUUUUUCAAACACAACGCUGAGACUAGACUAUGGGAUCUGACUCUGGGACUGUUUUGUAUUGUCACUCUUAUGUUGUUAAAGAAACUGAACAACAUACAACUGGUUGGAAAAGGAGAAACGUUGGAAGGUUGGCGAAAAACGUUGAAACAAAUAUUUUGGGCGAUUUCAAUUGGAAGAAAUGCCUUGAUAGUAGUGAUCUGCUCACUGUUGGCCUAUGCCUAUGAUCAAGCCAAUGUUCAUCCUUUCGUCUUGACAGGAGAAAUACAAUCAGGUCUUCCGAAUAUAGCACCACCGCCAUUUCAAACUUUGGAUGAAAAUGGAGAAACAGUCGGUUUUUUGGAGAUGGCAACAGAUCUUGGAUCUGGAUUGCUGGUGAUCCCACUUAUAGCAAUUGUCAGCAACUUGGCACUCAGCAAAGCAUUCUCUGAUGGUGGACGUACCGAUGCUACACAAGAGAUGAUAGCUCUGGGACUCGCCAAUAUAGUUGGAUCCUUCGUCAAGUCCAUGCCAAUGUGUGGAGCCUUUUCUAGAUCUGCUGUCAACAAUGCUAGCGGAGUGAGGACAACUUUCGGCGGACUUUACACAAGUAUUCUAGUACUACUUGCCCUAGGAGUUUUAACGCCAUACUUUUACUUCAUACCGAGGGCCAGCUUGGCAGCCGUAAUCAUAACUGCAGUUCUCCAUAUGGUGGACAUAGAUAUACUGAAACCAAUAUGGUCAACUAACAAAUAUGAUCUCCUACCAGUAGCAGUGACAUUCUUUUCCUGCCUGCUUUUAGGAGUUGAGGUGGGUUUAUUGAUUGGCAUAUUAAUGGAUCUCGCUUUUCUGCUUUAUCAUACUGCAAAACCUUCAAUCAAUGUUGAAAGGGUGGUGGAUACAAAUUGUUCUUACUGGAUGGUAAUCCCAAGAGGCAGUCUUCUUUACCCAGCAGUUGAUCACGUGAGGAGCAAAAUAUUCAACAAGACCUUCAGCAAAACUGAGGAGGGAAUCCAAACUAGAACAAUCGUUUUCGACUGCUCGCAUAUCUCAAAAAUCGAUUUCACUGCUGCUCAGGGACUUCAAGACAUGCUGAAGGAUAUCAGAAAUCAGAAAAUGCAACUAGUUCUGUUGUAUGCAAACGAAGAAAUGGUUCAUUCUGUGAAAAACCUGUGUCCGCAGCUGAAAGUUGCCAUGUCUCAAUUGGAACUACAAACCAUACUAGCAGAAGACUUUGUUUGUGAAGUAAUCCUCAAAACUUCCACAACAGAGCCAAUAAAACAAAAAAUAUUGGAAGAAACCUUCAAACAGAAAGAAGAGACAAGGUUCUGAUCAACUAUGUACUAUGCGACAUUGUUUGAGUAUUAUAGAUAAUUCCUGUGUACACUUGUAGAGUCUUGAUCAUGUUUAAACGUCUUGACUAAGCUUUGAGAAAAUGGGCAUAAUAGUGUCUAGGCAUAAUUAUUGACCGGGCUUAGAGCGGUAGGGAUACAACGGCGGCAAUGUCACCGUUCUGAACCGGCCAGCGUUCUGUAAUUUCUAGUGAGUAUUCAAGCGCUCAUGUUAAACUUACUGAGUUUCCUCUCUGUAAGCACUGACUCGACUGAUUCUAAUUGGCAACUGCGCUUCCACCUAUGACUCUAUCCAUCACUGUAAAGCCCUGCACACACACAUAGAAUUUUGUUCGUGUGGUAUUUUGCCGUCCUUAUAAAUUGUAUUAGAUUAAACAUAUGAUUUCAAACAGAUGAUGUUUGUCAAGUUACGUUCAAUCUAAUAGAAUUCAUAAGGACGGCAAAAUAUCGUACGAACAAAAAUCGAUGUGUGUGUGUGCGGGGCUUAAUUGGCUGAUCUCCCUCCGUUUCUUUGCGCCACAUAUUUUCCAAGUCAAAAGUAAUUUUGUACGGAGUAUAAUUUAUAAUCAAUUGGGGAGCUCAUUCUUGAGAGUUUUAGAUGAAUGCAGGAUUUUAUUACAUUAGGAUGAAUGAAGAAAAUAGAUUAAAGUAAUAAGAAUGAGAAGCAGGAUGAAUGAAGAAAAUAGAUUAAUGUAAGAAAAAUGAGAAGCUUUUUCAAAAACAGUGGAGAAAAUAGAGAGAAGAUGCCGGAAAAAACGACACAAGUAGAAUGUAAAAAUGUAAUUUUAUAAUUCACCUGUUUCAACAGUUCUGAAAAUAAGACAAUAGUCUUUAAAUGCUAACAAAUUGUUUUCCUAAUCUACACAUCUAAUAACAGUAAAUUUUAUUGUACAGAGAAUAACUUAUUAUCGCAGGCUUAAAUCCUCAUUGUAAAUAGAAAUAUAACUAAAAACACAAAUAAUGUGAGACCUGAGGCACGAAAUAAUGAGAUAAAAAAUAGAAUAACUUUAUAAACAAGUAAAUUUUGAUGAUGUACUUUUUGUAUGAAUCAAUAAAGAAUGAAUUAAGUCAGAUAAUUAGUAUCGUUAAGGACUAAAAUUUAGAGCGAAUGUUUUUUCGUAGUAACUAUUAAAUUAUAUUUCUGUAUAUUAAUAAAUGAUUGAUAUAAUAGAUUGACUGACAAUAUUAAAUGAAGACGAGAAUUUAAAGCAUCCUGAAAACUCCAGCCAGUUUCUAGUAAAUUAACUACAGUGUCACUAUGUCAAUGUCACUAUAGCCAUUGGAAAUUAAGAAUACAACCUCUUGAUAAUUAU